AACCAUGACCAUUCCAUUACUAAAAAUCAUUCAAUUCGAUUGUCUAGUUAUAACAAACGUCAAAAUCCAUCAAAAUGAAAGGUUUCGUAGUCGUAAUAUUGGCAUUGACCAUGGCGUUGGUUACAAUGUCUCAUGCCCAAAGUGAAAUGCCAUCAAUGCCCGAAUGUCCAGAUUCUGAAAGCAUUUUUACAUGGAUAAGCGAUACAGCAAAAUUUGCUGCAAAAUAUGGUGCUGCUGCAGUUGAAUACAUCAAUUGCAUGAGAAAAUCAGCAGACAUAUCAUGUGUUACAGAAUGGAUAAAAUUUUUACUUGGAUUUGGAGAAAGGCCUAUUUGCUAUCCACACUCUCAUGCGAAAUGUGUAUUUUACCUGGGAUAAUGAUUUUCCUGAAAGGUUAAAUAAAUACAAUAAAUGUGUGGAUUGAUUCCAAUAAACGGAUUGUAAUCAAUUUUAAUUUCUAUUUAUUGUAUCAUUCCAAUUGAAAUAAAAAAACCAAAACGUUUCAAAA